AUGGAAGAUUCGAGUUCAGUAGAUGUUAUAUUAGAAUUUCUGAAAAAGAAUAAAUUUAUCAAAGCAGAGGCUGCUUUGCGAAGUGAGCUAUGUAAUAGGACUGAUUUAACUGGGAUUUUUCAAAAGCUUAUGCUAGAAGAUAAGGCGCUGGCUAGUAAAUUGGGUGAAGAAGUAAAUGGGGGAAAAGUAGUUGAAGAAGAUCGAAAAAUAACAAAUUCUUGGAGUAGUGGGGCAGGUAUUAAGGAGACAACAAGUUCUCGAAGUAGCAAGGAGGUUUCGAAGGAGCUAGUUGUGAAAGAGAUAAAAUGCGGAAUAGGGAGAAAUGGGCCUGAUAGCAAGUGGAAAAGUUGUGGUAGUAUGGAGGAGCAGAGGAAGGUUAAUGAGUUAGUUGGGUUGAGUGGUAAGCACCUUAUUUUUUCUGAGACUUCAGAUGAUACCGUGCUAGAUUUGUGUUCAUUGAAAUACAGUCCAAGCAAUGGUCCUGUUCCUUGCCAGAAUGAUGGAGGAAGCAUUGCAGGAAACAACUUUUCAGUUCAGGUUUCCGAGAAGUCAAGGUUGAAUACAACCAAGGCUCUUGAUAGUGGCGUGGGUGAUUCAAAAUCGGGGGAAGAUCAUAGUUUCUCAGAUGAAAAGAGAACAUCUUGGCCUGCGAGUAGCAGUAAAGCCAAUGUGCAAACAAAACAUGAGAGGAGUGAAAAGAAUGAGCUUAAGGAAGUUGAUCGAGAAAGAAAUACAGGCAAUGCUGGCUCCACAGAUGACCCUGUAGAUCAUCCAUGGUCCAGAAAUGAUGAUUUUGUCCAUCCAACAUCAGAGAUGUGGAAAGAUUGUCCUGUUAAAACCGUUUUUCCCUUCUACAAUGAGGAUGCUUCAACCAGUUAUGAUAAUUCUAUUGGGAUUGGUGAUAAAAAGGAGGUAAAAAUGAAAACGGAUCUUAAAGACGUCAGGGCAGCAAUCAAAGAGCAAGUGGAUGAGGUGGGAAGGUCUCUAUACUUUGGGAAGACUCAAGGAGGCAAGUCAAAAGAUUUCAGUGCAUUAGGUUUUCAACUUGCAUCUGAGAAUAAAAAGGAAGAGUUACCGAGGUUGCCACCAGUGAGACUCAAAUCAGAAGACAAAUCCAUCAAUAUUCACUGGGAGGAGAAGUUUGAACGGGAUUGGCCUGGUCCAAAGAUCUUGAAAACUGACAACGCUUAUCUGAUAGGUUCAUUUCUGGAUGUACCUAUUGGACAAGAAAUCAAUCCUUUAGUAAUGAAAAGGCCUGCAGGAGGUAGUUGGCUCUCAGUGAGUCAGGGCAUAACCGAGGAUAAUUCUGAUCUUGUUUCUGGUUUUGCAACCAUUGGUGAUGGAUUGAGUGAAUCUGCUGACUACCAGAAUGAGUACUGGGACUCAGAUGAAUAUGAAGAUGACGAUGAUGUUGGCUACAUGAGACAACCUAUUGAAGAUGAGACCUGGUUUUUGGCACAUGAAAUUGACUACCCAAGCGACAAUGAAAAAGGUACAGGGAAUGGGAGUGUUCCAGACCGUCAAAAAAGAGAACAAAACAAAGACGAUGAAGAUGAUCAGUCUUUUUUAGAAGAGGAUUCCUACCUUUCUGGAGAAAGGUAUUUCCAAUCAAAAAAAGUCAAUCCAGUUUUACCUUCAGAUGAUCCUAUUGGGCUGUCAGUGACUGAAAUGUAUAGGAGAAAUGAUGGGAAUUAUAAUGGACAGUUGAUGGAUGAGGAGGAACUGAAUUUGAUGCGGUCGGAGCCUGUCUGGCAGGGCUUUGUAACUCAGGCAAAUGAACUUAUAAUGUUAGGGGAUGGAAAAGUUCUGAAUGAAUUUGGAAGGCCCCAUUUGGAUGAUAGUUGCAUGGAUGAUGAUCAACACGGUUCAGUUAGAUCCAUUGGUGUGGGGAUUAAUAGCGACGCUGCUGAUAUUGGUAGUGAAGUUCGGGAAAGUCUCGUUGGAGGUAGUAGUGAGGGGGACUUAGAGUACUUUCAUGAUCGUGAUGUAGGUUAUGGUGGAUCUAGACACUCACAGUAUGACUUAGAUAAAAAAUAUAGUGAACAAUCAAAGGAAGAAAAAAAUAGAUCAAGCAAACAUAAUUCUGGUAAGUAUAUAAUGAAUAAUGAUAUUGGUACAUGUAAACAGGCAAAGAAUCAAAUGGAUGUGGGGUUCUCAUUUCCUCCUCCUAGAGCCAGGCAGUUGGCGCAGAGGUCAAACAAGGGCAAUGCUGUUGUCAGUGACGAAGCUGAUGACUGUAUGGUGGACAAUGAUGACAUGCUGGCUUCACAGAGGCAUAAAAGCAGUUAUUCUUCCCCAGUCAAGAGUUCAAGGGAUGAAGACAAUGCUAACACUGGCGGAUCAGCAAAUUCUAGCCCCACAUCUCUUUCAAAUUAUGGCUACAUUGAAAGGGAGCAUUUAAAGGAAGAAGAGGAUGUGAUCACAGCAAGUGUGAGAGAAGAUCUUGGCGCUUCAUUGGAGGAUGAGGAAGCUACUGCUGUGCAAGAGCAAGUAAAGCAGAUAAAGGCACAAGAGGAGGAAUUUGAAACCUUCGAUCUUAAGAUUGUCCAUAGGAAAAACAGAACUGGUUUUGAGGAGGACAAAAAUUUCCAUGUUGUUUUAAAUUCAGUCAUCGCUGGCCGCUAUCACGUGACUGAGUAUCUUGGAUCUGCUGCAUUUAGCAAAGCCAUUCAGGCGCAUGAUCUUCAGACUGGAAUGGAUGUUUGUGUGAAGAUCAUAAAGAAUAACAAGGAUUUUUUUGAUCAGAGCCUUGAUGAAAUAAAGCUUCUCAAGUAUAUCAACAAGCAUGACCCUGCUGACAAAUAUCAUAUUCUCCGGUUGUAUGAUUAUUUCUAUUACCGCGAGCACUUGUUGAUUGUAUGUGAAUUACUUAAAGCAAAUCUGUAUGAAUUUCAUAAAUUUAAUAGAGAGUCUGGAGGGGAGGUCUACUUUACGAUGCCAAGAUUGCAGUCAAUUACUAUUCAGUGUUUGGAAGCGCUUCAAUUCUUACACAGUCUUGGCCUCUUACAUUGUGAUUUGAAGCCCGAGAAUAUCUUGGUUAAAAGUUACAGUAGAUGUGAGGUGAAGGUCAUUGAUCUGGGAAGUAGUUGCUUUGAAACAGAUCAUCUUUGUUCUUAUGUUCAAUCCAGGUCCUAUCGUGCACCAGAGGUUAUUUUGGGACUUCCAUAUGAUAAAAAAAUUGAUAUCUGGUCACUUGGUUGCAUCUUGGCAGAACUUUGCACUGGCAACGUCCUCUUCCAAAAUGAUUCUACUGCCACUUUACUUGCUCGAGUGAUUGGAAUCGUAGGCCCUGUCGACCAAGAAAUGCUUGCAAAAGGACGAGAGACGUACAAAUAUUUCACCAAAAAUCACAUGCUGUAUGAGAGGAACCAGGACACUAACAGACUGGAAUACUUGAUACCCAAAAGGUCAUCCUUGAGGCAUCGAUUGCCUAUGGGUGACCAGGGCUUCAUUGACUUCGUUGCUUAUCUGCUUGAAAUAAACCCAAAGAAGCGACCUUCUGCAUCACAAGCUUUAAAACACCCAUGGUUACAAUAUCCUUAUGAACCGAUAUCAUCUUGA